CGGGACAGGAACACCGGCAGGGACCGGGACCGGGACACGGCGGGGAUAAGGAGCGCCGGCAGGGACAGGGGUAAGGAUCCGUGGGUUUCCUGCUUGAGAGAAUAAUCAGAUUCAGUGAAGUGUGUGUGCAGAGCAGCUCCUGAAGAUAAUUGUUCGUGUCAGCAGAGAGAUUGAACAGGGCAAAACCAUUGCUCAGCUUCUCAUUAAAAAUAAGAUACAAAAGUGCUGUACAAUUGGUGAGCAGUUAAAUUGGUGAGAAGGCAGCUCAGCAUUAAGUUAAAAUUGGCAAACUGGAGUUGUAUGCUGGCAGUACCUGGAAUAGGAAGCUUCAGGUUUCUGGUGAGAUGACGGCACUGGAGAAGGUGGAGGAGCAGCUGGCGGGGCUGCGCAUAGCCAGGCGCUGCGUGCCCAGCGAGGAGCCCGCCUACCUGCUGGACAUCCACACCUCCAGAGCUGCCCAGCCCGGGGGCAGCCGCUUGGUGGCCGUUUCCUGCUCCAAUGAAUCCAUCAGGGUGUACGACAGGGAGACGCUGGGCUUCCUGCGGGAAUACCGCGGCCACGCCGGCGUCCUCAGCGGGGUCAGGUUUGCGCACACGUGCGACAGCGUGGUGUUCUCAGCCUGCAGCCAGGGCACCGUCAAGUGCUGGGAUGUUCGCUCAGCCACGCAGAAGCCCGUGCAGGUGUUCAGUGGUUAUCCUUCCAACGUCUUCAUCAGCUUCGACGUCAGCUGCAGCGACCUCAUCGUUUGUGCCGGAACGGAGAAAGUUGAAAAGGACACGUUUCUGGUGUUUUGGGAUGCAAGAGGAGUUACAGACUGUGCCAGUGCCGCUAAAGAGCCCUUGGGAGUCUAUUCUGAAAGUCACAAUGAUGACAUCACCAAAAUCUGUUUUCAUCCUAACGAACCCAAUUUGGUCGUGUCUGGGUCAACCGAUGGCUUGGUGAACGUGUUUGACAUCAACAAGGAUAAUGAAGAUGAUGCUUUGAUAUCAACUUGCAAUUCAGAUUCAUCCGUGAGUUCUCUUGGCUGGUCUGGGGAGGACUACAAACAGGUCUAUUGCAUGACACACGAUGAGGGGUUCUGCUGGUGGGACAUGGCUCAGCUGGACACCGAGGAGCCGAUAACCCUGCUGCACGUUCUGGAUGUCAGAGAGUCAGUCUGCGCUGAAAACCACGGCCUGCAUUACCUGGUGGGUGGCUUGUACCACGAAAAGGCAGGGAAGCUCUUCCUGAUUGGGGGAACCUCCACAGGAGACAUCCACCUGAUCAGCUGCAGCACUGCUGGCCUGAGCCUGGUGGGGACCCUGUGUGGGGGACACUCGGCCACCGUCCGCUCCUUCUGCUGGAGCCCCACGGAUGAGUCUCUGCUGACGGGUGGAGAGGAUGCUCAGCUGUUGCUAUGGAAACCUGGGGCUGUGGAAAGGUCCCUCACAAAGAAAGCAUCUCUGAAGAUCUCUUCUUCCGUGCAGAAGAGAGUGAGAGUUCACAACACCUCCCUCAAAAGCAGGAAAAAGUGAAUUGCCUGAAGUGAGAAUCUCUGCUGUGUAGAGCGUUCCUGGUGUUUAAUCUCUCUAGGCAAUACUUGGCCCUGUUUUAUUUGGAGGUUUUCUGUGGAAAGAACUGUGGUGCUUGAAUUCCCCCUGGGAAUGUAUUUCAGUCAUCAGAAGAAUGCCUUUUAUUUUUUUUAAGUUGCUAAUAUUAAUCAGACAAGAGUAAAUGUUUGCUCCUGAGUUCUUGAGCAACAGAUGCUAAGUCAUAUUAUAUAAAACUGUUUCUGUGGUUAUUUAAUGUCUCAGACAAUGUUUUAAAUGUGUAAUACAGGCCUAUGGCUUGCAUAGUUUGUUACCUUCCCAAUGAUAUUCCUCCGGCACAUUUCAACAGCUUUUGUAUUCCAUGCUGUAUUCUGCUUUCUUCACAGAAAACUUAAUGAAAUUGCUCAAUUUAGUAAAAGAUUUUAUGUCACAUCUUAAUGCCUGAAGGAAUUACUUCUUGAUGAAACAGAAAAUAAGUAGUUUUGCACUGUCACAUCACUGGUUUAGAACAAGCUCAUAAAGAAGCAGCUGAUAGAGCCAUCUUUUUCAUAGCAGAUAUGAAUGUAUUCAACCAAACAGCAGCUAAUUUGUAUGAGUGUGAGAACUGUUCAACAGGCAUUAUUUCCUUCAUGAAAAUACCCAAGAAUUUUGCAAGCAGCUUCAUUCUCUCCUCCUAAGUGCACCUGGAAGACUGGGUAGAUCUUUGGUGGGUUGGAGAAAUUGAUGGGUGUAAUUACACCAGUGGUGUUUAAAAUCCCAAACACUGAUUUGAAAGAAACUGGUGUCACAUGCUCAGUGGGGAUGUUGAAACCCAAAAAUGAACACUGCCUUAUGGAGGAACAGACUGAUAUGAGGAGACUUUACCAAAACCUUUUAGAGGUUGGCUGGGUCCUUUAAGAAAGUUUCUCUCUGCAGAGAGGUUUAUGUUUGGACAUCUCCCCAGGAGAGCUUUGUUUUAUUAUUCCACCAAAUAGCCAUUGAGUGCAAAACCAGCCCUGUACUUGUAAAAUGGCUGAGACUUCAUGCUUCUUCUGCUUUGCUGGCAGACUCCAACCUGUGCUCCUGGCUCUGCACACACACUCACCUCCAGCCUUCCCAGGAGCACUGCAGGCAAAUGGUGAUGGUAUUUAGGCUGUAGUUACACAUGUGCACUACAACUGAAACCAGCACCGCAGUAUAUUUAAGAAUUGCUCUCUUAUAGAUUAGCUGGCAGAGGAUUUAAGAGGGGUUGGGUUUAUUUUUUUUCCCUUGAGGGUGGAUGGGCAAUUCUUUCAGAACAACUCCUGAACAUCAGGUUUAGAAGAUUAUCCUGGAGUUUAGAAACAGUUUCUGAGGUACAGAACAUACUCUAGUGUGUGGUUACAGCUGUGCUGAAGAUGCCUGAAUCAUCUCUGGAAUUGAAUCCUUUUCAACCACAAGUAUUGAGUUUCCACAUGACUUUUCACAAACUGUUAA